UUUGUGCCAGCGUCGAGAACACCAAGAUUAAACAACAUCCCAAAAAGGAUUUGGGAAGAGAGAAUUCGACAGGUUGCAUGACAACAAACCACUGGUGUGCCUGAACCAUGCGGGUGGUAUGUCUUUUCGUUUUUGUCUACCUCGCCAGCUGGCCGGCCCGAUCGCAGAGUCCCCCUGAGAGCAUCAACAUGGCUAUCGUGCUGCCCCACAACAACACCGAGUACGCCUGGGCUUGGCCCCGGGUCGGCCCGGCCAUCCAGCUCGCCAUCGAGAGGAUUAACCGGGACAGGCGGCUCCUGCCGGGCUCCGCGCUCACCUACAAGUUCAAGAGCAGCGAACUGGACGGCCGCUGCGCCGACUCGCUCGCCCCUUUGCUCGCCGUGGACCUGAAGCUGGAGAACGACCCCGACGUCUUCGUGGGUCCCGGCUGCACCUACACCACCGCCCCGGUGGCUCGGUUCGCCAGCCACUGGGGGCUGCCCCUGGUCACCGCCGGGGCAUCGGCUUUCGGCUUCUCCGAGACCGGCGACUACAGCACGGUGAUUCGCACCGGGCCGGUCUUCACCAAGCUCGGAGCGUUCACCGCCCAGCUCCAUGAGACCUUCAACUGGACCUCAAGGGUCGUGCUGGUCUUCCAAGACAUCAAGACGGACGAUCGGCCCUACUUCUUCCUGACGGAGGGGAUCUACACCACCCUGAAGGACGAGUUUACAAACCUCAGCGUGGAAGCCAAAUCUGUGGAUAAAGGCGAGCUGGACCAAGCGACGAUCAUUGACAUUAUCCAGUUCAUUAAAGAGAAUGCACGGAUUGCGUAUCUGUGUUUCCCUUUCAAAGAUUUCCGUCAGAUCAUGUUCUACGCGCAGAGAGAAGGAAUGACUGGGGGAGACUAUGUUUUUUUCUACCUGGAUGUAUUCGCCGAGAGCCUGAAUUUGAGGUCGCUGACAGAGUCUCACAAACCCUGGAAGAUGAACCACAGCAGCGAGUCGCUCCUCAAGGAGGCUUUCAAAUCGGUGAUGAUCAUUACCAACCGAGAGCCAGAGGAACCCGAAUAUUUCACCUUUCAGGAGGAUUUGCGAGCAAGAGCCAAAAAUGUAUCGAGUGCCGAAUUAGCCAACACUCUGAUCAAUUUUAUUGCUGGUUGUUUUUAUGAUGGGAUCAUGCUGUAUGCUAUUGCUCUGAAUGAUACGAUCGCAGCAGGAGGAUCCAAGAAAAAUGGAUUGAUAAUCAGCAAAAACAUGAAAAAUCGACAUUUUCAAGGAGUUACUGGAUUAGUGAGCAUUGAUAAAAAUGGUGAUCGAGACAUCGACUUUAGUCUGUGGGACAUGACCAACAUAGAAACUGGGGAAUAUAAGGUUGUGGCUCACUAUUUGGGAGUGAAAAGGCAGAUCUAUUGGAUUCCUAAUGUAGAGAUUCACUGGCCAUCGGGCUCUGUUCCUCUAGACAACCCUCCAUGUGUGUUUGAAACUGAUCUUGCUUCCUGCAAGCAGGCUACGUUCUCUCCACUUGGGAUAGUUGCACUGGGAACAGGCCUCACGCUAGCAAUUUUUGGAAUCUCCAGCUUUCUGGUUUAUCGGAAACUAAAGCUGGAGAAGGACCUGGCCAGUAUGAUGUGGCGAAUCCGCUGGGAUGAACUCCAAAUGGGAAACAGUGAUAAAUUCCGGAAGACCGCUGGUAGCAGGCUGACCUUAUCACUGCGGGGCUCCAGUUAUUGCUCAUUACUGACGACACAAGGGAAAUACCAGCUUUUUGCAAAGACUGGCUAUUUUAAGGGUAAUUUAGUUGCAAUCAAACAUACAAAUAAGAAAAGGAUUGAGCUCACCAGGCAAGUGCUGUUUGAACUAAAAUACAUGCGGGAUGUGCAGUUUAAUCAUUUGACAAGGUUCAUUGGAGCCUGCAUUGAUCAACCUAACAUCUGCAUUGUAACAGAAUAUUGCCCUCGAGGAAGUCUUCAGGAUAUACUUGAAAAUGAAAGUAUUAACCUUGACUGGGUAUUUCGCUAUUCACUAAUUAAUGAUAUUGUAAAGGGAAUGGUGUUUCUACAUAACAGUAUAAUUGGAUCACAUGGUAACCUUAAAUCAUCCAAUUGUGUUGUUGACAGUCGUUUUGUGCUAAAAAUCACCGACUAUGGUUUGACCAGUUUUCGUUCAUCAUGUGAUAAUGAAGAUUCAUAUGCACUCUAUGCAAAAAAGCUUUGGACAGCACCAGAAUUAUUAAGAUGGGGACGAGCACCUCCACAAGGUACCCAGAAAGGAGAUGUCUAUAGUUUUGGCAUUAUUCUUCAAGAGAUUGCCUUAAGAAAUGGUCCAUUUUACAUAGAAGGGAUGGAUCUCAGUCCGAAAGAAAUUGUUCAGAAGGUCCGAAAUGGUCAGAAGCCUUAUUUUAGGCCCACAACAGACAUCAACUGUCACAGUGAAGAGCUUGGCAAUUUCAUGGAGAAGUGCUGGUCAGAAGACAUUGCUGAAAGACCUGAUUUUAGCCAAAUUAAGGUUAUGAUUACAAGAUUCAAUAAGGAGGGCAGUAGUAGUAUCUUGGAUAACUUGCUGUCAAGAAUGGAGCAGUAUGCCAAUAACCUGGAGAAGCUUGUAGAGGAAAGAACACAGGCUUACCUGGAGGAAAAGAGAAAAGCAGAAAAUCUACUCUAUCAGAUUUUACCUCACUCAGUGGCAGAACAGCUGAAGUGGGGUGAGACAGUACAAGCAGAGGCAUUUGACAGUGUCACAAUUUACUUCAGUGAUAUUGUUGGAUUCACUUCAAUGUCUGCAGAAAGCACACCACUACAGGUUGUGACCUUGCUAAAUGAUCUUUAUACCUGUUUUGAUGCAAUUAUUGACAAUUUUGAUGUCUACAAGGUAGAAACAAUCGGAGAUGCCUAUAUGGUUGUAUCUGGGCUCCCAGUACGAAAUGGUAAACUCCAUGCGCGAGAGACUGCCAGAAUGUCCUUAGCACUACUGGAAGCAGUGAAAUCAUUUAAAAUACGACACAGACCCAAUGACCAGCUGAAGCUGAGAAUAGGAAUCCACACUGGGCCGGUGUGUGCAGGGGUUGUCGGAUUAAAAAUGCCACGGUAUUGUCUAUUUGGAGACACGGUUAAUACAGCAUCCCGAAUGGAAUCUACAGGAGAGGCGUUGAAAAUCCAUGUGUCCUCAGCAACCAAGGAUGUUUUGGAUGAGUUUGGCAAUUUUGAACUGGAACUUCGUGGAGAUGUUGAAAUGAAGGGUAAAGGCAAAUUGAGGACGUACUGGCUACUCGGUGAGCAAAAAGAUGUUCCUGACGUCUAAUAUGGCAUCCAGUGUGAAUUGCUUGUAUGUUAUUAUACUGCAGAGCAGUGGUUGUUCAAACUGUAGUUUAUUUGUUACCAAAACAAAUUUUGGCUAUGUUUAUUUCUGGAGGACAGAUCUUAUAGAAAUAAUCUGUAGAAAAUAUCUAGAUGUAUCCCAGGUAUAUUUUAUACCUGAACAAAGCUGCAAAACAAGUCAUUUUUAUUAAGAUUUUUUUUCUUCCUAGCUGAAUAUUUUUCAACAAUAAACCCUUUUAUUUGUGCAUUCUAUAUUAAGAUUUAUAUAAUGUGUUUGAGAAGAUAUGUAAAUAUAAUAUUUUCCCCAUCUACAAGCUGUAUAUACUGUGUAUCUAAGAUAUUGCUAAAUAUUUUGUUCAAAUAAACUGGAUAAAACUUG